AGAGAAAGAGUGAGACAGAGAGGGGAUAGCACGAACCGGAGGAAACAACGACAGCGACGAUGCCGGGGCAACAUCGAAACAAGGGCGGAGGAGAAGUUGGAGGGGGAAGACAUCACGGCGGACAAGGCCGCCAUAUUGAAUCACUUCGGUUAAUUUUUGCGUAGGGGAAGCAACGAACGAGUGAACGAGCUCUACAUAACUAGAAAGAGAUUAAGAUAGUUAGAAAGAAGAAUAAUAUAGAAUAAGGAUAUAGUACGAGAGAGAGGAAAGAAGGGUUUUCGUCUGGUAAUCUUUAAAAACGUAAACGGAAGUGCGUAAAAAAAGGAAAAUAUUGCUCAGUGGAUUCUUUCUCGUGUUUACGGAUCCCGUGCUGUGAAACGAUAAAGGACGAUUUUCGUGCCUCCUAUCUCGUUUUCUUUCACUAUCCUUUUCUUUCUCUUCUCUCUUUCUCUCUCUCCCUCUCCCCUUUCUCUCUCUCCUCUCUCUCUCUUUCUCUUUCUCUCUCUAUCUAUCUAUCUCUUUUUAUCCUUUUCCAUUCGUGGUUGGAAGAAACGCGCGUAAGAGAGCGCGUAAAGCGAGCGACGAGCAGCAGCAGCAAUAGUAGUGGCGACGACGACGACGACAACGACGACGACGACGGCGGCGGCGUGGCGCUGCUUUGGCUGCCGUCCUCCGUUCAUCCGUCCGUCUGUCCGUCGACCAGUUUGUCCAUCAGCCUGUCGGUCUGUCGAUCCUCUCUCUUUCUCACUUCUGGCAGUUAGGCGCGCCGCGCGGCGCGACGCGAUGAACGACCUAGCGAUGCGCGAGCACGCACGGAAGAGAUUCACGCGCGGAAAUUCUAUGUGCACGACGUUCACGACGAGAACGACGACGACGACGACGACGACGACGAUGAUGAUGAUGACAACGAUGAAAACGAUGAUCGCUGGACGAUGAAGUGUGUUUUGUGUAUUAUAUUUUAUAUAUAGUAUAUAUUAUUAUAUAUAUAUACACCAUAUAUAUAUAUAUAUAUAUCUAUAUCUAUAUAUCUAUCUUGACUAAGAGACGAAAACGAUCGUAUAUAGCAAGCGAGCGCGCUUGUACGUGUGUGUAUUUGUAUAUGUAUGUGUAUAUUUCUCUCCGCUUAGUGUGCCGCCGCUUUUGUAGAGAAGAGUGUACGUGCAUGUUUAGUUACGUACAUGUGUUCGUGCAACGUGUAAGGAAGAUACUGUAUAUGAACGAUCCUGAAUCAUUGUGUCCGUUUUAUUAUUGCCGUCUCGUUGUAUCUUAAAAACAAACGAAUAUCACGAUUACUGUGUGAUACGGUGGUUUAAAAUUUCUUUUAAGAAGAGGAAAAAUUAGAAAAUAAUUGUGACUGGAAGGAACAUCGACCUAUCGACCGAUAGACCGACCGACCGACCAAUCAACCGACCAACCGACCGACCGCCAACAGCUAGGUCCCUUUGCGUUAAUUGUUCGUCGUCUACCUGUUCCCUUACGUCCUUUCUGUAAAUCGAUUUACAACAUACUCCUUUCUCUCUCUCUUUCUCUCUCUCUCUCUCUCUCUCUGUGUGUGUGUGUGUGUAUGUAUAUACGUGUAUAAGGGAUUAUCGAGAGCAAGGACAAGACUUUGAUCGAGAAGAAAUUUUCAGAUACCCAGUGGUCGAAGGAAUGGAAACCAUGGAGUUAGAUGGUGAUGCUGUAGUUGAUCUGAGCGUAAGCAGCAGUGGCAGAAGAAAUUCCCCAUCUAUAAAUACUAAUUCAGGUGAUGCAGGGGUGCCCUUGGAUCUUGGAGUUCAUUUCUCUGCAAGUUCUAAUUUAGAAAGUAAUAUGCCAGAAGCACGAAACAUUCAAAAUGCAGCAAGAGGCAUUUUGGCUCCAAAAUCAGGAGAUGAUCGGAGGACUCGUCGUAAUCUUAGACCAAGAAUUGAAAGAAGUUAUGCGGAGAGUCCUGAUGAACCUAGAAUAAAUGGAUAUCUAAAUGGAAAUACGUCGGAUAGCGAUGAAGGUCGAAUGACAAAUAAUAUUCCUUCAAACACAGCUGAUAUGCCACCAUUGCUUCCAAUCAAAGAACUAUCUUCAGAUGAAUUGGCUGAACGUGAAAGGACAUUGAGAAAACUGAAGGAGGAGCUGCGUUCUGAGGAAAUGAAAUUGGUACUGUUAAAAAAGCUGAGACAAUCUCAACAAUUAAAAGAGAAUAUUGCGGCAGUUCCCAAGGUUCCCAGCAAAUUACCACCGCCAGUAACAGUACAACCAACACCUCAUGGGCAUAGAACAGGGAAAGCACCACCGCCAUUACUGAGAGGGCAACCAGCACCAAGUAGAAGUAGUAGUCUUCAUGCACCACCACCAGGAAUGUUGUUACCACCUACAACUGGACGAAGUUCUACUUCAAGUACUGGAAUGCCUCCUAACAUGGUAAUACCUCAACCACCGCAUCCUCGGAGUAGACCACCUAGUGCAACGCCGAGUGUGCCAACUUAUCAUGCUCCGGCUGAUAGAACUGAACGCUCCACAAAAGAUCCUACCCCUACACCAGCACAUCAACUGCUUGUUGGAUCUCAAGAAAAUAAAACCACAGCAUCUUUAAAUACGCCCGUAAUUUCGGAACAGGAUAGAUCCAGAGAGGAUAAUCAAACUCCCGCACAGCGGCAGGCUGCUGCUAAGUUGGCUUUAAGAAAACAACUGGAGAAAACUCUUUUGCAAAUACCACCACCGAAACCUCCACCACCGGAAAUGCAUUUUGUACCGAAUCCUUCGAACACAGAGUUUAUUUAUCUGGUUGGCUUGGAGCAUGUGGUUGAUUUUAUUACGAAAGAACCUGCUAUACCCCCUCCUCCUGAGCCGUUUGAAUGUACACAGUGUAAAACAGACUUUACGCCUGUUUGGAAGUGGGAAAAACCAGUAGGUAGUGGCAAAAAAGAAGGUCCACGUGGACAGCAUGCCACAUUCCAACGACCUCCAGCAGGUCGAGAUCCUAGAGUCAUCUGUGAACAUUGUGUGACAUCCAAUGUCAAGAAAGCUCUUAAAGCAGAGCAUACAAAUCGAUUAAAGACUGCUUUUGUAAAAGCUCUACAACAAGAGCAAGAAAUUGAACAAAGGCUUGCUCAAGCAGCGUGCCCAAGUCCAGAUCCACCAGCUCCAAAAGUAGUCCCGAAAGCAGCUACUCCUACAAGAAGAAUAGCGACACCCCCUGCUCCUCCUCCUCAGGUGCCGCCGGCACCUACGCUUACACCAACACCACCUGCGCCUAAACUGCAGGAACAUCCAUUAGUUAAACUGGCCGAAAGUGGAAAGUUUAGCCCUCAUCAUGCGGCUACUGCAGCUGCUUUACAACAGCAAUUGUUAAGAGAACUGGCAAAGAAUCCUGUAGCAGGCUUACCACAUCAACCUCUUCCCGCACACAUGAUGCCACCGUUCACCUCGAUAUUAUAUCCGUAUCAACUCGCAAUGGCACAGGCUACUGGAGGUAAAGGCCUCGUUGAAUUGCAACGGCAAGCAGCGGAUCUUCAACGUCAGUACCUGCUCGAUAUGAUUCCAUCGCAAGCAUCUCAAGCACAGGGCAAUCAAGCUCCACCAAGAGCUCAUCCGCAUAAUUGGAAAACGUAACCGGACGCAUUUAAAGAGCGAACAAUAAAUACAAGUAAAUAAUUACAAUACACGGAAUAUCGAAGUAAUUGAGGAACGAGGAAAAGUUUCAUGAUUAUUAAAGAGAGACGAUAUAUCGCAAAAUGUCAUGCCGUUGUGAUUUGGAAUAUUGUGAUAUACCGAUACGUUUAUUGGUAAAUCGCUCAUAAAAUGAUCAGUUCGGGAAAGAUAGUAAUCCAAGAGACGUAUGUAAAAUUUAUGAGAAACUCUUCGUGUAAUGAAUUCACGUUCUAUUUCUAAUCAUUGAAUGAUUGUAAUGGUUUGACUUGUUUCAACGUUCGUAAGUGUGGACAAUGAAACCUUGAUGAUCAAUUGAAGAGCAACAGUACGUUUUAAACAUUAACACCACAAGCAGUGUUUCCUUUUGAUAUUAUCCUGCAUCGAUAUUGAAUAAUUUUAUCGGACAAAAGCAGAUAAAGACGGAUCUUAAUACGUAAUGUCCAUAACGUAUAUAAUAUCUGAAGUAAUGUGAAGAUAAGGAAAAUAAAUGAACACUUGUAGUAAGGCACUAAAGAGACAGUAUAUGAAAAUAUCGAUGCAUCGAUUAAAAGUAAUAAUCUGCGUUUAUAGAUGUGGAAAAUGAUCGCGUUGCGAAUAACUAAAGUUGAAGGAAAGAAUCUUUCUAGGCUCUUAUAGUUAAGCCGAUCUUGGCCGUUGGAUUGAAUAAAUCAUUAUAACCAGCGGCGGUACCUGUACUCUGUGUAUAUCUUUAUUUUCUUCAACUGUGAGUAUUUUUAAGGUGAAUAUAAUGCAUGUGUGAGAUAGAGAUAGAUAGAGAUAGAGAAAAAGAGAGCAAGUGAACGUCAGAGAAAAAGAGAGAGAGAGAGAGAGAGAGUGAAUUACAAUUAUAAUUAUGAAUAAUAAUCAUUUGCAAGGAAGCGUGUGAAAGAAUAAGCGAAUGUAUGAGCGAUAAGAAAAAUUCUUUUUGCCGAUACGUGGCAGAGUAUGUGCACACACAUCGACAUGUUUUUAAUAGAAUGACGCCAGUGUCAUUCGCGCACAAAUCGAAUAGGAAUGUCUAUGUAUGACAAAUCGGCUAAAAUGUUUUUUUUUUUUUUUCUCUCUGUAUUAAGAGGUACAUCAAGGCGACAUUGUGACUCGAUAAAAUUUUUUCUAUAAGUAUAUAUAUAUAAAUACGACUAAACGAAUUCGAUUUAGAGAAAAGAAUGUACUGAUGAAGAUUAAGAUUUUCACAGCACGAUUGAUUUGAUGUGCCACAAUUCAUGUAAAGAUAUUAAAAUCAACAGGACGUGUGCAUUAAUUGCAAUUUUUCGAAGCGUUAAAGGCGCUAGAUAUAAAAGGAAAGAAAAGAAAAGAAGAAAAAAAAAAGAAAAAAGAAAAAAAAAUAAGAUCCGAAUUUUUACUAUCCUCUGCAAAAAAAAAAAACGGAAAAAAAAAGUUUGCACAUAACAGUUAAACCCUCUGGCACUCAUCCCGAGCAAUACUAUUAAUUAUUAUCACCUUCGCUAAUAGCCUAAUUUCUAUGACUCUGGCUAACAAAUCUCGGUCAUACAUUUCUGAAUCAAUAAAUAAAUAGUACUAUACUGUAGUCUUGAUAUUUCUCGGUAUUAUGAUACAAGUUAAUAAACUAAAAUAGCAUAAUCAUCUCUCUUUGUAUUACGUGAUAGGUUUUGAGCUCGUACUGAUAUACAUGUACACCGUAAUAAGUCUACGAUCGCAUAAUAGAUCAAGAUCUGUGUUUUUUGUGUAAGAGAAUCGAAAGAAUAUGUCGUCAACCUGCACUGUCGCCAAUGGUACUACUGCUGCCACCUUUCUACCAUCGAUGAAGGUUCUUUCAAAUCAGCGUCGCAGCAAAGAGAGGAGAAAGGGAGAACACGAUUUAUAUUUUACAUACAUGUGCAGCCAAAAAUGUACUUUUAAUGCUGCGCAUUUACUAUCCUAUAAAAUUAACAUUAAAUAAUUUGUAAAUUUAUCAUUUCUUUUCUCUUCUUUUUUUCUUUCUUUUUUUUUCUUUUUCUUUUUCUUUUUCUUUUUUUAACAAUUGAUUAGAAAAAAACUAAAGUUUUAUACAACAUACAAACGAACGUAAUGAUUUAUCGUUCCAAUUCUCGCGUUCUCCCAUUCCCUGCGAGAGGAUUAUUUUUUAAUAAUAAAAAUGUUUUUAAUUAAAUGCGUGAUCCUUAAAUAAUAAGACGAUUUUGAUGUAAUUUAAAAAGAUUCAUUGAUAAUAAGUACGUACUACGAUUGGUAGGAUGUAAUUAGGAUCUUAUUCUGUACUAAUUCAUUUAAUUUCUUUUGCUUUUUUUGUUUUUUUUUUGUUUUUUUUUUUUUUUUAUAUAUAUAUAUAUUUUUUUCAUUUGACUCUUUCUUUUUUGUUUCUUUUUUGUUUUGGUUUUUUUUUUCUCCUCGUUCUUUCUCUUUUGCAAGGAAGAAUAAUUUCUUGCUUUUCUAUAUUGUCUUCCUUUUUCUUUUUCUUUUUUUUUUUUUCCUUUCCUUCUAGUCUGAAUUUUUGGCUCUACGUGAUGGUGCUGUUAGAAAAUAAGCACUUGUGAAAGCGCAGAGAAAUCUUUGUAUUCGACAAAUGUGAUGGUUUCAACACCAAAAAAAAAAAAAAAAAAAAAAUGAGAGAAAAGAAAAGAAACAAAAAAAACAACAAAAUAUUUGUAAACCGACGCUGAAAUGUAAGAUAAUGUGCGAACGUGUGUAACCAUAUGCCAUAAUUGCAUUAGGCAGUACACGAUGGCGGCCAAAACGAACGAACGGUAUCGCAGGAUUAGGAUUUUAAUGUAUUCUUCAAAAGCGCUAUACAAUCGAAAGCUUCAUGGGAGAAAGGGAAGGAGGAGGGAGGGGGAUGCAGACUUAAAACCAAAAAAAAAAAAAAAAAAGAAAAAAGAAAUCAGAUUAUAAAAUAUAAAGCUCUCGAAAACAAAACUACGUCGGCCGGUUAUCGAGAUUGCGUUACGAUACGAUGAACGUACGAAAUCUUUUGAGAAGCGACACGUCGUUGAAAAAAAAAGAAAAAAGAAAAUAAUAAUAAUAAAAAAAAAAAAAAACAAUGGAAAGAAAGGGAAAAUCUUGUCCAGUCCAAAAUUCGUAUUUCGGUCUCUAAAUGAAAUGUAGGCGUAUAAAACGCAGACGAACGAUUCUGCCCCCAUAAACUUAUAUAAUUAGUGAUUACGGAUUACUGAAUAGUCUGAAAAUAACACGAAUAAAGCUUGUCAAUGAUUGUACCUAA